AUGGUAGAAGCCUUAAAAUCUUUUAUCUCAGCCUGUUCUCCUCGCGUUGGUUUGAAAGAUGGUUGGGAUUGGAAGGCAACGAAGGAUAGAAGGUUUUCAACAAAAUCUGCUUAUGAGGUCCUUGAGGCGUCUAGAAAUGAAGCACCCCUUUUGACUACCCAUAAUGAGACGUUUGGGAAUAUUUGGAACGCUCUGGCUCCUUACAAGGCAAGAGUUACAGCUUGGAGAUGCCUUCGCAAUAGAUUGGCAACUUGUGAUAACCUCAUCAAGAGGAAGGUGGCGCUGCAGGCGGAGGAUAGCUGGUGUAAUUCAUGUGUGGCGCAUGAAGAAACAGCGGUGCACCUUUUCCUCCAUUGUCCAAAGGCCGAACAGGUGUGGGACCUCAUUCAACAGUGGAUAGGGCAGAGGACGGCGAGACCCCAAGGUAUUCUGCAACAUUUCUCUAUCUUUGCUCACGGUGGAAAAGGGAAAAGCAGUAGGAAGUUCCUCAAGGCGCUGUGGAUUUGCACGAUUUGGCUGAUCUGGAAGAAUAGGAAUGUGAGCAGAUUUGAAGGAAAGGUUUGGGAUGCCCAACAAAUGGUUUUAGAGAUCAAAGGAAGAAUGUGGAGCUGGAACCAGACUUUUGGUAUCGUCGUUUCAGAUGCAAUUUUUUCGAAGUGGUGCUCCCAUCUCGAGAACUUUCUCCGCGGCGACGAUUUUCCUCUCUACGGUACAGUUACGGUUACGUUUCUCGACUGCUUGGUUGUUCAGUAUGGUUCUGUGAAAUUGGAUUGA